AUGAUACUAUACAAGGACAGAAAACAUUGAGAAAGCUGUAUUAGUACGUCACCACGAGCAUUUUCACCUGGAGCAUCAGUACAGCAGUUUAAUGCUAUUCCACCUCCUCCAGCUGGUGGUGCACCGGUCGGUCAACCACAGGGAGUCGCACUUGUUGCUGCACCACAACAAGUGCCUAACAAUGCUCCUGUUGGUGUAAUUAGGCCUGCAAUUUCAGCUGCCGGUCGGGGACCUAUUGAACCGAUCCCACAACAACAGCUUCUUAAUAGUCUAUUAGGAUCAAGAAUUACAUUGCAUGAAUUUGAUUCAAAUGGAUAUAACGCGGAAGGAGGUGGUCCAGUUGCAGUAGGCGAAGCAUUGUCUUGUGAUUUCGAUUUUCGUCCAUGUUGCUGGGCUAAUGUUCCACCACCAGAUGACCAACUUGACUGGCACUUAGCUAAUGGCGCACCUGAUUCACCGCAGUUCCGGAAUGCGCCUUUUCCAAGUGGUAAUUAUUUGAUUACCUAUGCGAGCAGCUCAGCACCUUCAGACGAAGCACAAUUUGCAUCGUGUGCUAUUGGUUGCGCAUCUUCACCUAUUAUCAUAAGGGCAAGACAUUGGCAGUCAGAAAAUGUUUUGUUGCAAGUAUGUCAACGAGAAUCAUUUCCAAACACUGUUAACUUUAAUCCCCUAUUAAAUUGCCAAGAAUUUCCUCUUGUAAAUGGUCUUGGCGCCACCGAACUGGUUCUCCCAAAAGCUUCUCUCAUUGAUAUUGUAUUUGUGGCAAGUAAUUUUGUCAGCGAACGGGGUGAUAUGGCAAUUUUGGAUGAUAUUGAAGUAAUUUAUGAAAGUGAUGGCGAUGAUUGUGGGAUUGAACAGGAGGAACGAAAAGGACAAACGGACGAAAAAGCAGCAAUAACGAGUACAAAAGAACCUGCUGCUGCAAAUAUUGAUGCUUCACAUUCCGCAGCAAAUUCUACAUCACAAAUAACACUUGGGGAAGAGAAAUCAUUUAAUGAAAUUAAAGCAACUGAAACAAUAUCGUUAGCUGCAUCUGCAGCUGGAUCACAUUCUUCGGGACCACGUUCUGGAUCUAGUGGUCCUGCUCUUCCAUCAUCACCUGAAAUAACGCUAGUACCAGCCUCUUCAGACAAAAGUCAAGCAUUCGCAUCCAAGACCACUACCUCUUUAUCACUCAUUUGCAAAACAAUCAAAUGCUCAUUCGAAAAUCGAAAUAUGUGCAAUUACAAAGAGGCGCAUCAAACGGAGUCAAUACGCGGCGUGACAACAAGUUUCCAAGUGGUCACUGGACAAUACAUGAAUAAAGUUACCGGGAUUAAAGAAGGAACUGAAGGCGAUUAUUAUGCAGCAACAUUUUUAUAUCCAAGAGAAAUGGCUGGAUUAGCAGCGCAUAUUGCUGACUUAAAAGAACCAAUCCGAUUGCGAUUCCAAUAUUACGAGGGAACACAUGGCGUACAACUGAAAGGCUGUUGCGAAAGUUUGGAACACUGCUUGUUCGCAUCUGAUAAAUUUGUUAGUGUGAGCGAUAGAACAUGGAAACUUACCGCAUUCACUUGUCCAGCUGGUACCUCUAAGAUUUUAUUUGUCUGCGAAAAUACAAGGACAAAUCAAGGAGCUUGUGCAAUAGAUGAUAUUCAAGUGAUCGAGAGUGGUGCCGUGGACUUGCGAACAGCAAGGACACUUUGCUGA